UGACCCGUUUAACUAUCUUUUGACGUUAUGCCUUUCCCCCUAUUUUCGGAGGCACAAGUUUUCAUCCGUCGUGUGGUUUACUUUUUCCUUUUGCUAAUUUUUAAAUUGGGUCAAUGCAUGCGUCGGACAAUUUACUUGUUUUUCUUUUCAGCGUUCACCUCACAUGUCUUUUGGUUGUUUUGUCUUGGUUUGUUGUUGUCGAACCAGUUUCUUAACCUUGUUUCCUCUCCAAGUGCAAUUGUCGCUUGACUCUUGCUUUUUGACAAUUUGAAUGUUCUACUUUUUCGCGACAAAAUUCGGUGGAUUUGAGUGUGUGUGUGUGUGUGUUAGUGUUUGGGUUUGUGUUGUCAAUGACAACUUAAUAGACGAACGCUGGCUUCAUAACGGCAUUAAUGCGAUUUGCUAAAUUAUGUUCAGCUAGCAUGCGAAGGAAAAAUAGACACAAAAACAAAAAUAGAAAAUGGAAUUAUUUUUUUUUUUAUGUAUUCAAUAUAGUGAAAUUAAAUGCGUGUUCAUUGUAUCACCGCCUAGCAACAAACACUCCUUUUUUUUAUUCGUAUCACUCUCCGGUCACAAAGGAAAAUGAUGACUCCUAACUCUCGCAUGCAUAUGUAUUGAUAAAUGCGUGUGUGUGCAUAUUGUGGACUCAAAGUGCUUUUUAUAGGAUUUAUAACAUUCCAAUCAGAGUCUCAGCGAUAAAAGAGAACGAACAGCUGAUCAGCUCAGUGCCGUUGCCAGUGGUGGUAAACGUUACGAUUUGACGCGCUGCUGAUUAACGCGCUAGAAACAUGUGAAACAACAAGAAUAUAAUUUAAUUCUAAAUAUGUCUAACUUGAACUUCUAUGAACUCCUUAAUGCGAACGCAACGGCAACAUUUGAAGAGCUUAAGCGCAAUUAUAAACAAUUAAUACUACAAUGUCAUCCCGAUAAAUUACAACAACAGCAAACUGUAGCUGUAACUGUAACCGCGAACGAGAGCGACCCAAAUCGAGAGAGCGACAACAAUUUCAAUGCGAUAAACGAAGCCUGGAAUACGCUUAAAGAUCCCAUAAAGCGUAAACACUAUGAUGCCGAAUUAUUGCAGUCGAAGUUUGAAAAACACAACAAUAUCUAUGCCAGCGUAACGCUAAGCGACAUGCACAGAACUCGCGUCGAAAUGGCUGAAGACGACGAGGAGGGGGAGAAUGAGAAUGAGAAUGAAAUCGAGACAGACAAAGAGUCGGCAACAACAACAACAACAGCAGCAGCAGCUAAGUGGAGCUCGGCCUAUGCGUACGAUUGUCGCUGCGGCGGACAAUACGUGCUGCUGGACGAUGAGUCACAAAGAGAGCAGCAGCCGAGGGCAAGUGAAAUGAUUGUCGAGUGCAGCGAAUGUUCUCUAGUGAUAAUUGUGAAACCAGACGCAAAUAUAUCAUAAAACUGUAAUGCCCACAUAUGUAUGUAUGAAUGUAUGUAAAUAAAUUGUAAAAACAAA